GUGUGUAAGAGCAGUGCGCAUGCUCACACUGAAGAGGCCGCUCAACUUCUGUUCUCCGCGCGCUGGAAUCGCCAUAACUGGAACCGGGGAUUCGGUUUAGGGCUCACGGAGUGCCUGUAGCAGGGUGAAUCAGAAUGGGAGACAAGCCGAUUUGGGAACAAAUAGGAUCCAGCUUUGUGCAACAUUACUAUCAACUGUUUGACACAGACAGGACUCAACUUGGAUCAAUAUAUAUUGAUGCAUCAUGCCUUACGUGGGAGGGUCAGCAAUUCCAGGGAAAAGCAGCAAUUGUCGAAAAGCUUUCCAGCCUGCCCUUCACAAAAAUAGCUCACAGCAUAACAGCACAAGACCACCAGCCCACCCCUGAUAGCUGCAUAUUGAGUAUGGUAGUAGGCCAACUAAAAGCAGACGAUGACCCCAUCAUGGGAUUCCAUCAGAGCUUCAUCCUGAAGAACAUUAACGAGGCGUGGGUUUGCACCAAUGACAUGUUCCGCCUGGCGCUGCACAAUUUCGGUUAAAACGCCUCAUGGCUAUCAGGAAGGAAGGUGGAGGAGGGGGGUUCUGCCCUGAUGACGCCCGAACCUGUCAAUCGGCCCUUCAUUCAUCACACUAAAAGAGAAACAGCACCGGAUUACAGCAGUCAAUCACAGAAAACAUGCAGGCAUAUACAGUACUGCCUCUACUCCAGAAAAGACAUGUUUCUUUGCUGAAAGCCCACACAGCCAUCAAACGGACCCCCUUUACCUUCGCCAACCUGCAUGAUGAUGGGGAGUUUAAGUACCAGAGGACGCCCCGACCAGGACAGAAACGUAUUAACCUAACCUCGGCUGUUUGAUAUUUACAUUUUAGUUGCUGAUUUUGACAUUUUUGAAAUAACAACCGUCUUACUCUCUCUUUGCUUUAGUACAGAGUGUGUUAUCAGCUUGUUUUUAGAAUAUGCUCCUGAAAAGUUUCUCUGUUUUUGUUUUCGCCCCACAUGAAAAAUUGGAGUCUCCAUACAAUGUGAUGUCAGGUUGCUCUAGCUAUCCAAAGAACAGCACCCUAAUUUCCCCUUUCCCCUCAGACCAGUGUGCUUCCCACUUUCUGCUCACUGCUCUCUGUGACAAUAAUUACCAAGCCACGAUACACAAUAAAACCUUUGACUUUUUCUUAACAACGUCAUCAUCUUGUUCAUCCCCCUGUCUGCCUUUUUUCCCUCCUCUGUGCUUGCCUGUUCAUGUUUUUGAUACUGCUUCACAGACUAUUUUCUCAUUACGUUUAUAGAUCUGCUUGAGCAGAGCAGAAAAUCCUGGAGCUCUUUUGUUUUCUUAAUUUAGGUGGCCAGUGUUUCCUGAAAUAGUUGUCUAGAGUAAAAUAAGUGUGUUGGCUUAUCUGACAGAACAGAUCAAAUGCUGAUUAGCAAAGGAGUACAUGUAAUAAUUAGGUUUUUAAGGAUUUAACCCCAAAUCUAAACAUGGUAGCAUCAAUAAUGGAUGCACGUGUUAAAAAAAAGGAAAAAUUGUAAGCAUUUUCUAAUGAUACUACAUCAGUCAGUCGAAACAUGGUUGAAAAUGAGUCCUAAUGAAUCUUCCCUGUGAUGUAAAGGGAAGUUCACCCAAAAGUUAAAAUUCUCAUUACAGUGCAUCCGGAAAGUAUUGAUAGCGCUUCACUUUUUCCACAUUUUUUAUGUUGCAGGCUUAUUCUAAAAUGGAUAAAAUUCCUUUAUUUCCUCAAAAUUAUACACACAAUACCCCUUAAUGACAAUGUGAAAAAGAUUUUUUGAAAUUGUUGCAAAUUUAUUAAAAAUAAAAAGCCUGUAAAAUCACAUGUACAUAAGUAUUCACAGUCUUUGCUCAAUACUUCGUUGAUGCAGCUUUGGCAGCAAUUACAGCCUCAAGUCUUUUUGAAUAUGAUGCCACAAGCUUGGCACACCUGUCUUUGGGAAUUUUUGCCCAUUCCUCUUUGCAGUACUGCUCAAGCUCUAUCAGGUUGGAUGGGAAGCGACAGUGUACAGCCAUUUUCAGAUCUCUCCAGAGAUGUUCAAUAGGAUUUAGGUCUGGGCUCUGGCUGGGCCACUCAAGGACAUUCACCGAGUUGUUGUGAAGCCACUCCAUUGAUAUGGACUCCAUUGGCAGUGUGCUUUGGGUCAUUGUCCUGCUGGCAGAAGAACUAUCGUCCCUGUCUGAGGUCAAGAGCGCUCUAAAUCAGGUUUUCAUUCAGGAUGUCUCUGUACAUUGUCUGCAUUCAUCUUUCCCUCUAUCCUGACUAGUCUUCCAGUUCCUGCUGCUGAAAAACAUCUUCACAGCAUGAUGCUGCCACCACCAUGCUUCACUGUAGGGAUGGUAUUAGCCUGGUGAUGAGCGGUGCCUGGUUUUCUCCAAACGUAAUGCCUGGCAUUCACUCCAAAGAGUUCAAUUUUAGUCUCAUCAGACCAGAGAAUUUGGUUUCUUAUGAUCUGAGAGUCCUUCAGAUGCCUUUUGACAAAUUCCAGGCGGGGAGUGGCUUCCGUCUCGCUACUCUACCAUACAGGCCUGAUUGGUGGAUUUCUGCACAGAUAGUUGUCCUUCUGUAUGGUUCUCCUCUCUCCACAGAAGAACGCUGGAGCUCAGAAAGAGUGACCAUCAGGUUAUCGAUCACCUCCCUGACUAAGGCCCUUCUCCUUCGAUCACUCAGCUUAGAUGGCCGGCAAGCUUUAGGAAGAAUCCUCAUGGUUCCAAACAUCUUCCACUUACGGAUGAUGGAGGCCACUGUGCUCAUUGAAACUCUCAGAGCAGCAGAUUUUUUUCUGUAACCUUCCCCAGCCUUGUGCCUCAAGACAAUCCUGUCUCUGAGGUCUACAGACAAUUCCUUUGUCUUCAUGCUUGAUUUGUGAUUUGUCAUGCACUGUCAACCCUGGGACCUUAUUUAGACAGGUGUAUGCCUUUUCAAAUCAUGUUCAAUCAAAUGAAUUUACCACAGAUGAACUCCAGUUUAGCUUCUGAAACAUCUCAAGAAUGAUCAGUGAAAACAGAAUGUACCUGAGCUCAAUUUAGAGCUUCACGGCAAAGGCUGUGAAUACUUAUGUUCAUGUGAUUUUUCAGGUUUUUAUUUUUAAUAAAUUUGCAAAAAUUUCAAAAACUCUUUUUUUUCACAUUGUCAUUAUGGGGUAUUGUGUGUAGAAUUUUGAGGAAAUAAAUUAAUCCAUUUUGGAAUAAGGCUGUAACAUAAAAUAUGUGGAAAAAGUGAAGCGCUAUGAAUACUUUCCGCAUGCACUAUAUUUACUCUUUCUUGACUUGUUCCAAACCUGUACAGCUUUCUUCACAAUAUUCUCUUUUGUGUUCGUCAGAAAUAAACUGGUAAACAACUUGAGGGUGAGUGAAUAGUGAGUAAAUGCUCAUUUUUGGGUGAAUUAACCCUUUAACUAUUUCAUUUACCAUCUCUCAGUUUAGCUGAGGUUUCUUUUCCCUGCUUUCCAUUCAUAGAAAUGUUCAAAAUGUAAUGGGAUGCUAUGUUUUCAUAAGUUUGUAAGAAUGUAAAUGUCAUUGGGUUUGUAGUGAGGCCGAAGCUGUUAUUACCUUCAGUACUGAGACUUUUAUUCUGACGUUCAAGAAGGAUAACAAAUGCAUUAGCCUGAAACAUGACAUCAGAAAUACUAGUUUUCGAGAUCACAAUCUCUUCAUUUUCAAGAUGUUUACACUAAUGGAGCUUUCUUCAUUGCUUGGGACUAGAAAAUCGUAGUCCUAAACCUAUGAAGGCCUUUGUGCCAAGCGAUGGUACAGAUAUUUUAGAAAGAUGUCCUCUGCGUUGUAGCUUUUUGCACUGAAAUAUCACAUCUAGAACAUCAGUCAUUUUCUCGCAUUAUAUUUUUGCUGAACAAAUUCAUGUGUUGUACAAAAUGUUUGCUGGACCCUGGAAAAAGCCGCUCUCAAGUGUUGUUUGAGGGGAACAGCAAAAUACUUGAUUUUCCCAAGAAAAACAACAGUAAUACGAUGUGAAUAAAGAAACAGACUACUUCAGUUGCCUACAUUUAUGUGGAAAUAAAGGAGAUCAAAUUGAA